UGCGCUCAGUGCCGUUUCCGCCCGGCCUGCUGAGGAGGAGCUGUUGGCUGUUCGCUGGUGCCGCGGAGGGGGAGGGGCCGUGGCCGCUGCUCUGUGGAGCUUGAGUUCUCGGUCCCGCCUGCCGCCUAGGAAACACUGUGGCGCCCAGCAGGGCCUAGUGCCGGGGGCCCGGGCAACGGGCCGGACAGGUUUCCCCAUGUCCGUGACGUGUUGGCCGAGGCUCUGCGGCUGCUCCCCGCCCUUGGAGCCGCCAGUCGGUACCCUUUGGACUCCGUGAUCCCUGACAAACGUCAUGAGCAUUGCAAUCCCUCUGGGAGUCACCACACCAGAUACAUCUUAUUCAGAUAUGGCUGCUGGAUCUGACCCAGAGUCUGUGGAAGCUAGCCCAGCUGUUGGUGAGAAAAAUGUGUAUGCAAGUCAUGGCUACGGGGCCUCCCAGAGGCACAGCUACCGAGGGCUGCCUUAUGCAGAUCAUAAUUACGGAGCCCCUCCUCCUCCGACCCCUCCUGCUUCUCCCCCUGUCCAGACCAUCAUCCCUUGUGCAGAACUGAAUGGCCUACACUCUCACGAUGAGGAGAAUUCUGGGGACACAGAGAGUUCUUCAGAAGCAGAGUCUAUUCCUAGCUGGUGUCACUGUAGUCUCUCCCAAGAUGGUUUCCUCAUCAAAUGUGAGAAGUGCAGGGGGCUUAGCAGAGGGAAAGUGAUCAGACUUCGUCGGAGGAAGCAAGACAACGUGUCAGGCGGGGACAGCAGUGCAACUGAGAGCUGGGACGAGGAGCUCUCUCCCUCCACAGUGUUGUACACUGCUACCCAGCACACCCCUACGAGCAUCACUCUGACCGUCAAUCGGGUCUGCAGAACCAAACCCAAAAAGAGGAAAAGAAAUACAGAGAGGACUCGCACGGCACCAAAAGCCAAAAAAAUCAAGGCUUUUAGAGAAGGUUCACGGAAGUCUUUGCGGAUGAAGAACUCUCCUUCAGACGCCCAUGCCCUGGAUGAGAAUACGGCAGAGGGGUGGGAAAACCGCAUAAGGCUCUGGACCGAUCAGUAUGAAGAAGCCUUCACUAACCAAUACAGCGCAGAUGUACAGAACCUCCUGGAGCACCAUCUAAAUGCCAAUAAAGAGUUAGUGGGCAAGGCGGCUGUGCUGGACACAAUCAAUAAGACAGAGCUGUUCUGUAACAACACUGUCAUUGGCUCUCAGAUGCAGCUGCAGCUAGGGAGGGUGACGCGGGUUCAGAAGCACCGGAAGAUCCUGAGGGCGGCCAGAGAUCUGGCUGUGGACACUCUUAUAAUUGAGUAUCGUGGGAAAGUGAUGCUGCGGCAACAGUUCGAGGUCAAUGGGCACUUCUUCAAAAAGCCGUAUCCCUUUGUGCUGUUCUACUCCAAGUUUAACAGUGUUGAGAUGUGUGUGGAUGCUCGGACUUUUGGUAAUGACGCUAGAUUCAUCAGGCGGUCCUGUGCACCAAAUGCAGAGGUUCGCCAUGUGAUAGCAGGUGGGAUGAUUCACCUGUGCAUAUAUGCUGUUACGUCCAUUGCCAAGGAUGCAGAGGUCACCAUUGCCUUUGACUAUGAGUACAAUAACUGCAACUAUAAAGUGGAUUGUGCCUGUCACAAGGGAAACCGGAAUUGCCCCGUGCAGAAACGGACCCCAAACACAGUAGAACAGCUGCCUCCACCUGUUCUAGACACUCUGAUUGGAGCAGAGACCAGGCGUCGGAAAGCUCGUCGGAAGGAGCUCGAGCAGCGGGAAGCUGCAUCAGAUGAGAACAGCAAUCCACAGCCGGAGGAAGUCCCUGAGGGACUUGCUGCAGCCAGUGAUAAUGAGGUUGCAGACAAAGAAGAGAAGCAAGAAGAGGAGGAGAAAGAAGCCACUGCGGAUGAGCAGGGAGGUCUCACUCAGAACAGGCGGACCCGAGAAGAUCGGAAGGUAGAAGCCAUCAUGCACGUGUUUGAGAACCUGGAAAAAAGAAAGAGGAGGCGAGAUCUCCCAUCGGAUCGGAGCAGCACAGAUGCAGAAGUGGUGGUCACUGCAGAGACUCCAGAACCGGAGGAAGUAAAAGCUGAGCCAAAUGAAACUGAGGAUAGCAGUUUGGCUUCAAGUGUGUCUGUGCCAAGUGCCCCUUCCAGUGCCAGCAGCGUUGGAGUGAACACACGGAGGUCUUCACAGGCCGGGGAAACGGCAGCAGAUAAACCAGUCUCUAAAACAGCACCGUCAAAACCAGCUAGGCCGCGACCCAGAAGCCGGUUUUCCCGUUAUCGGAGUAGUUCUGCACAGCGACUGAGAAGGCAAAAGCAAGCCAGCUCCCAACAGGCUGAGCUCUCUCAAGCAGCUCCAGAGGAGGGAAACGCCGUGAGCACAGUAACGGCGGCGGAAGUCAGCAGCGUGGAGGGUCCAGGAGAAGGGAAGCAGUUGAUGGGUUCUGACCCAGCUGUGGCUGCGGUUGCAGGGACACAGGCCAGCCGGGCUGCACUCAAGUAUCCCAAAACGAAAAAGUAUCUAGUUACAGAAUGGCUGAAUGACAAGGCAGAGAAACUGGAGUGCCCCAUUGAGUGCCCUUUACGUAUCACCACUGACCCAACCGUGCUGGCUACCACCCUCAAUAUGUUGCCAGGCCUUGUCCACUCCCCACUCAUUUGCACCACGCCCAAACACUACAUCCGUUUUGGUUCUCCCUUCACCCCAGAAAGGCGAAGGCGGCCUGUUCAGCUGGAUGGGAACUACAGCUCAUGCAAAAAGCGUUGGAUAAAGCAGGCUCUGGAAGAAGGGAUGACUCAGACCUCAGCUGCUUCCCAAGAGAACAGAACUCAGUGUCUAUACCAAAGCAACGAGAGUGGUAGCACUUCUGGCAUCUGCAAGGAAAACGCAGAUUUCCUGAGCCCCCUGAAGAAGUGGAAAUCUCGCUAUCUAAUGGAGCAGAGUGUUACCAAGUUAUUGAGACCGCUUUCUCCAGUCACUCCCCCACUUCCUGACCCCUCAGUUCCAGAUGCGCUGAGCCCACACCUCACCACGUCCUCCUCAUCUAUGCCAGGAGAGGAGGAAUGCCGAAGUAGCUGCGGUGUGAUCUUCUCACCAAUUCCCUCCUUGGCUGCUAGUCGUUGUAAUACUCCACUACAGUUUGAGAACGUAUCCUCCCCUGAGAGUUCCCCUGCGCAUAGGCCCGAGUCCCUGUCGCCCGAGCUCUGCCUCAGGACGGACCUUGACCUACAGAAGGCAGGAUUCCUGGAUGCCGGCACUAACAGCUGUCCAGAGAAACCCUCCUUGCUCACUCCGGGGCAUUCUGACCUGGCAUCCCAGCCCUUGGAGACCAGCUUCCCAGGAAAGAGUGGAGAAGCCCAGGCGCUGCUACGAAGUUCUGACCAGGCUUUUCGGACAGAGUUUAACUUGAUGUAUGCCUUCUCCCCUUUGAAUGCUAUGCCUCGGGCAGACGGAUUGUUACGAGAGUCUCCGCAGAUGGCCGACGGGAAGCUUCUGAAUCCAGACAGGGGCUGCUGCAGCUCCCCUGCGGAGGGAUACUUUGGCAGGCACGAGCAGGCGCUUCUGAAGGAAGCUGCACACGGACCCUUGCCCCCCUGUGGCGAGAAAACCUGCGAAGGUGUUAAAUCCACACCCCAGAACCCUCCGCAGAGGAAAAAGGUAUCCCUUCUGGAGUACCGCAAACGAAAGCAAGAAGCCAAGGAGGGAGGGGAUUCCUCUCGAUGUACAGGGACACCUACCCGGCUGAGUGUCAGCUGCUCUGGGGCAGAUGUGGAUGCUGCUGGCCUCGUGCAGGGCUCAGGGGCCCACACCCUGUCUUCUCCACAGCAUGGCUUCUCCCCCUCUCAUUCUUCUUUGUCUCACCUGGAGGAAGUCAGCCCACCAGAACCAAGGGGGACCACGCACAGCAAAUCCCAGGACAGCAUCAGCAGUAGAUGGAUGGUUCCCACCUCGGUGGAGCGGCUGCGAGAAGGCCGUGGGAUUCUGGAGAAGGUUUUACGCAGCAGCGCUAAGUUGUGUCAGAGAGGAGAGCCCUCGCCCACUCGGGAGAGCCUGGGGGAGAGAGAAGCAGAUGCUGCGGAAGGAGAUUCGACAGACCCCCUCAACCCUUCCCUCAAGGGACCAGCCGUUUAUAGUCCUUCGCGUUACAGCUACCAGCUCUUGCAGUCGGACAGCCCGCGGGCGGAGUCGCAGACCGUCCUCCAGAGCGCCUCCCCAUACCGAGGACACCCCAUGCUAUCCCCUGGCUACAGCUACAGGUCUCAGUCCCAGAGAGCAGGGCACCUUCCGCCCCUCAGCUCCUCAGAACCCUCCCUUUCCUCUGCCCCCUCGGGCGCCACAGACUCCUCGGCUCUGUUUGCAGGGAACUCUGGGUAUUAUAGCAGUCAGCAGCCGUCUGGCAGUGGCGUCUUGAAGAAGAGCUGCCCCAUAGCCACUGCUCCCAGCCCUGCCCAAACGGCGGCAGCUGCAGACUGUUUGCCCCCCUCUGAAACAGGGUCUCAUCCCUGCGUGGGAACCGCUGGCUGCCCUUCCUCCUCCUCCUCCUCCUCUUCCUCCACUUCCUCGUCGUCUUCGUCUUCCUCGUCGUCGUCAUCAUCCAGGCCCUCGCAGUCAGACUUGCGGACUAUCAACCCUCCCGCCUCUGGGCAGCCUGCUCUGUACCAGAGCUCCAGAGCCGCAGCACUUUCCAGCUCACAGCAGCACUACUCUCACCGAGGGGGAGGAGGCAGCAUCAAUCAAUACAGACUGCAGCAGCUUGCAGGGUCAGGCGUAAAGACUCAGACCGGCCUUUCUUAGGGCAGGACAGACUAGAGCCCACCGUUCCUUCUGGCAGUGGCUCACGGGGGAACCAUGCCGGGACAGCAAAGGGCCCAGAGGCUGGGGCUCGGGUGCGCCGGGCAAGAGAGAGCACUGCCGGCCACCCCCUGGCUUUGGAAGGAGGAGGUGGCAGCGGCAGAAUGGGCAGGAAAGCAUCUCUCUGGUGUCCGGGUACGUUGUAGAAAGCAAACGGUGCUGAGUGGCAUGGCCUCCGUUUCCUACCGGUGCCCUUAGCUGUAGUCACCUGGGCAGGUAGGGAAGCUUGAAUAUGAAACCAGUGCAAAUCAGAAAAUAAAUAAAUAGGGGAGAUGGGGAU